AUGCUUCGGCUGUGGAAGAUUUCUGGUGAAGAGCUUCCCAACAUCGACAAGGAGGGCUUGGAGAACGUGAAGGGCUUGAAGCUCCGUCUCCGCGCUCUCCAUGGCUUCCCGGUGUGCCUUCAGCAGCUCCUCUGUGAUGGGCGCAGACUGGAGAACUCAGCCUCCUUGGACCUGGUAAAAGAUGUGCAGCUCGUGUUGCUGCCAGUAUCCGGUGCUCCCAGGCUCCAGGUCUCAGACGAGCUGCUCGAUGCUCUCAGCUACGGCCAUACCGAAGCUGCCCGAUUGCUGUUAAGGGCCGGUGCAGACCAAGACAUGAGGAUCCCGGGCAAUGGCCAGACGGCUCUCAUGUUCGCAUCUGAAGAAGGACAGGUUGAUGCUGUGCGGCUGCUUUUAGAGGCCGGUGCCGACCAGGAUCUGUGCGACGUGCUCGAAGACUCUACCGCUCUUAUGUUUGCAUGCGAAGAAGGCCAUGUUGACGUUGUGCAGCUACUGUUGGAAGCCAGGGCUGAGAUGCAUCUGCAGAACAGAAGCGGCAGAACAGCCCUCAUUCUUGCCUCUGAGGGAGGUCAUGCAGAAGUGGUGGGGCUGCUCCUAGAAGCCAAGGCAUCCAUGAGCCUCCAGGACGGCUGCAGCUGCACAGCUUUGAUGCGUGCCUGCGAAAAAGGCCAUGCGAACGUGGCCUCUUUGCUGCUCGAAGCUGGAGCCUCCACGGAGUUUCGAAACACAAGUGGCAGGACUGCCUUGCUCCUGGCAUGU